AUGUCUAUAUUACCGUCCUUCGGGUUUACGCAGGAGCAAGUGGCGUGCGUUUGCGAGGUGUUGCAGCAGGGAGGGAACCUAGAGAGGCUCGGCCGCUUCCUGUGGUCUCUACCCGCCUGUGACCACCUCCACAAGAACGAAAGCGUCCUCAAAGCUAAAGCGGUGGUGGCCUUUCAUCGGGGGAAUUUCAGGGAGCUCUACAAGAUUCUGGAAAGCCACCAGUUUUCUCCGCACAACCACCCGAAGCUGCAGCAGCUCUGGCUGAAGGCGCACUACGUGGAGGCGGAGAAGCUGCGCGGCCGGCCGCUCGGAGCUGUAGGGAAGUACCGGGUGCGGAGGAAAUUCCCGCUGCCCCGCACGAUAUGGGACGGCGAGGAGACCAGCUACUGCUUUAAGGAGAAAUCCAGGGGCGUCCUGAGAGAGUGGUACACACACAACCCUUACCCGUCCCCGCGGGAAAAGAGAGAGCUGGCCGAGGCCACAGGACUGACCACCACGCAGGUCAGCAACUGGUUCAAAAACAGACGGCAGAGAGACAGAGCCGCAGAGGCUAAAGAGAGAGAAAACACUGAAAACAACAACGCAGGCGGCAACAAACAGAACCAGCUGUCCCCGCUGGACGGAGGAAAGUCUCUCAUGUCCAGCUCGGAGGACGAGUUUUCGCCACCUCAGAGCCCCGACCAGAACUCAGCGCUUUUGCUUCAGGGCAACAUGGGCCACCCCGGGGCCUCCGCUUACUCGAUGUCCGGCCUGGGGGCCCCACAGCCGGUGCACAGCAUGCACGGACACCCGCACCAACUGCAGGACUCCUUGUUGGGACCUCUAACCUCCAGCCUUGUGGAUUUGGGCUCUUAAAGAGGCUGCCAGAUUAUAAUAUUUUACACAAACAAAAAACAGAAAAAAGAAGACUGAUAAGUGUAUCAGAUUGAGUACAUGUAUG